AUGGCGGAUCGCACCAGUUUUACGAAACCGCAACACCAACUCUGGACUUAUUUCUCGUCCAUCAUUAUCAUCAUUAUCCUCCUACUCCUCAACUUCCUCCUCCGCCUCCUUUCUCCUCAACAGCACUGCCGCUGUAAGCAACCUGAUCAACACGACCACAGACUGUGGCAAGGGCUCGGCCAUUGUCACAAGACGCCAUUCUCCUCCUCAUCCGCCACCGGCAAUACCGCGAAAAUUCUCUCCACACCUCCCGGGCACGAAUGUUCGCUGAGUCUGGACGCGGGGUCUCAUCACGGCGACACCAUAGCGCUGUUACAGGAUCGAAGUUCGAGAGACUACUACCACCACCAUCGCGACCCCGCAACGUCGCACCAGCAGCCCUCCCCUCUCCCGACACCGCCUGAGAGGGCCUUCGCUCAACCAAUUCUUUCACUUCAGAGCCCGGCGACCGUCCAGAGCGGUUCGCUCUGGCGGGACCCAUGUGUCGGAGGCACGCUGGCGGGCAACUACCGAGUAGGGGACUACAAUGUCGAUUAUUCUGCACAGGCGUCGCAUCCGAGCGACCAGGGCCACCAGCAGCAUGGUUAUGACACGACGCCCUCCCAUCAUCACCGGAGCUCGCUCCAUCAUGGCGCCGCCCACACGCCCACUCUCCAUGAGCCGCCAUCAAGUCACCACUCCCAUCACCCAGCCAUGCAGCAGCAGCAUCAGCAACAUCCUCACCACUCUCACCACUCCCAUCAGGUCUUAAUGGACCCGGGGCACCAUAUGGGCCACGCCCGGCACUUGGGCCCGCCUCACUACGGCGCUCCGGGUCCGGUUGUCGCUCCUUUGUACCCUUCCAUGACUACGCCUACACAAUCUCAUACGCCGCAUGGAGCACCGAAAAGACCGAGACCGGACGAGCUUGACCUGUCCGUUCCCGGAAUCGACCUAGAACAGACUGAUCUCGAGACCAUGCAGCAAACACCUUUGGGUACCGCCUAUGCGCAGGCGGCCCAGCAAGUGCAGGCACCCACGCACCAUCAUCACCGUCUACCCGAUACAGGACCCCCUUCUAAGAUGAUGCGGCGUGAUGGUGACGGCGGAGACAGAGGCGGUGCUCCGAGCGUUGUGGGACAAGCAGGCAUGCCGACUCCGGCACCGAGGCCAAGGGGGCCGAAGCUAAAGUUCACACCCGAAGACGACCAGCUCCUGAUUGAUUUGAAAGAGAAUAAAUCCCUGACAUGGAAGCAAAUCGCGGAUUUCUUCCCUGGGAGAUCGUCAGGAACACUGCAAGUGCGCUAUUGUACGAAGCUCAAAGCUAAGACCACCCAAUGGACCGACGAAACGGACCAAAAGCUUCGAACUGCUCUCCAAGACUACGAGAACGAGAAAUGGCGCAUCGUGGCUAACAAGGUCGGAACGGGAUUCACCCCCGUUGCCUGCCGAGAACGCGCGCAGGAGUUAACGGGUGCUCCCUUAUAG